AUGUGGUUAUGGAGAAACAGGAAGUUUACAGCAAGAAAAGGCAGAAAAACCUUUUCAAGUAAAUCUUGCAAUAUACAGGGCUUGUGUCUGCUCAGCUUUGGACAUCUCUUCAGUAUGGCACUUUCACUGUGGAUAACAAUUAUUAGCAUAUGUUGUAUGUACUCCGAAGUGACCAGAUUUACAGUUGUAGGUGAUACUUCUGUUUCAGCAGAUACUGUUAAUGGAACCACUCAACCAACAAAUGCAGGCUUGACUUCCACACAAAUCACAUACAUUAGCAUUUGCGUUCCAUUAGCUGUUGUCCUGCUAGCAGCUAUUAUUACAAUAGUGCUAGUGUUUAUUUACAGACGAAAAAGGGGACGGGGAUGCUUACAUCAGGAGUCAAUCUACUAUGGAAAUGAUGGAAAUGUGUCUACUGAAGUGGAUCAUAAUGUGUAUAAGCCAAAAGAAAAGGAAAAGGACAACUAUGGAUCAAAGCCACCUUUAACAACUAAAGAGGAGCCAAUAUACAUGAACGUCCAGGGUAAAUGUUCUGCGGAGCCGAAUGUGGCUGGUGAUCGAACUGAAAAUAUCUACUGUAAUGUUGGCUAUGAUACACAGCAGUAGGACACAAACCAUCGUACAUUAAGAUCAUGGCAGUAUCAUCACAUCAUUUGUUGAAAGACUUGAUAUUAUAAAUAUAUUAUUCUUUAUAUACAGCUUAAUCAUGGAAUGUAACUGAAUUGCAUUAGCUUUUCCCUCACAUCUCUAAGGUAUGUAUAAAGUCAUGAAAAACAUGCUAUUUUAAAUGGUUUAUUUAUCAGCUGCAAAAGAAAAUUAUGUAUAUGAGAAAUCAGCAUAUGCAUUAAAUUUUUAUUAGAUGACUGUUAAAUGUUCAUCAGAAAAUAAAAGCUAAAGCAAUUUCAUGUUGUAUUAUUUAUAUUACAUUCACAUUUAGUAUUAUUUAUAUAUGUCAAACAAGAUUUUUUUUCUGAUCUAUCAGGUUCUGCAUUUGAUUUCCUCUUUUCUCUUUCUAUGUUGCAAAAUGUCAUGUUCUAAAAAAACUAAGUAAAAACCAGUGUUUUGCAACAAAUUACUCUGCAAUGGAAAUUCACAUAUAAUGAUAAUAAACUCCACUUAUGGAAAAUAGAAACUA